AUGCUCCGUACUGGAACGCCAAAGAGGCUAUGGGAUGAUUGUUUGGAACAUCGGGCCUACAUCCAAUCUCACACCGCCCUUAUCAUAUACAACUUGGAUGGGGAGGUGCCGGAGACUGUUAUGACUGGACAGACUGCAAAUAUUGGUCCAUGGUGUGAUUUCCAAUGGUAUCAGUGGGUAAAAUACUACGAUGAGACUGCAAAAUUCCCUGAUGAUAAGAUGUCUCUUGGACGAUACUUGGGACCAAGCCCUGGAAUCGGAUCCCUCUUGACUGGAAAGAUACUUAAGCACAACGGAAAUUACCACCACACCUCCACCUUCAGAGCCCUAACAUCCGAAGAAAUGGCUGACGACGCCGAGAAACGCCUACGUAAUGACUUCAAUACCAAUGUGAAUGACAAGUUGGGUGACAAGGCAAAGCCUGAAGAUUUCAGUGAGGACGAUCUCACCCCUACAUAUGAUCGUUAUGAGGAUGACUCUGGAGAAGGGUUGGAUCUAAUGCCUGACAGGGAUGAGCAACAGCACGACUACUAUGAUCGAUACCUCAAUGCUGAAGUGCUGCUUGCUAGAGGGGACAAUAUGGCAACUGGAAAGGUCACUGGACGAAAGAGGGAAGCAGACGGAAGUCUUCGAGGAAAUGGGCAUGCUGUCCCCAUGCUGGACACUCGCACAUAUACCGUUGAAUUCCCCAUGGGGCCGAAGCCACUUACAGACAAAACUGCAAUCCAACCUGGCAACAACAGAUUCCGAUACCAUGGACGACUUGUCCAGAAACGUACCACGAAAGGAUGGCAGCUUUGUGUCCAAUGGAAGGACGGUACCACUACUUGGGAGCGACUGUCUGAUCUCAAGGAAUCUUUCCCCAGUGAGGUUGCUGAGUACUCUGUCGCAACUGGAAUAGAUCACCUACCUGCAUUCAAGUGGUGGGUUCCAUACACCUUGAAGAAACGAAAUGCAAUCAUUGCCAAAGUCAAGAGCCGAUACCACAAGCGAACACACAAAUUUGGCAUCAGAAUUCCCAAAACAGUCCAAGAAGCCCGUGAACUUGAUCGAAUCAAUGGCAACGACUUGUGGGAACAGGCCCUGGGGAAGGAGAUGAGCAAUGUUCGUGUGGCUUUCAAGAUGCUCAACGAGGAAGACAAAGCACCAGUUGGGCACACCAAAAUCAAGUGCCAUAUCGUUUUUGAUGUCAAAAUGGAAACACUCCGCCCAAAAUGCCGACUGGUUGCUGGUGGCUGUCAGAUAAUCAACUCCGUAGCUGUAAUGAGAGCCUCAACGCUCUAG